UUUUUCUUUUUUCCAGGCAGUAUGCUUUGUUCUCAUUUGACCACUGUUCAAGAACACAUAUAGAAAGAUCAAUAGGGUGUUGGCAGAGUUGUUGUGGCUGCAACUAGUUUGGCUUGUUGAUUGGUGGGCAGGAGUUAAGAUUAAAGUGUUUGCAGAUCUUGAAAGCUUCAAUUCAAUGGGUAAGGAACAUGCCCUUGUCAUAUGCAAUCACAGAAGUGAUAUCGAUUGGCUAGUUGGAUGGGUUUUAGCACAGCGAUCAGGUUGUCUUGGCACUUCAUUAGUCGUAAUGAAGAAAUCAUCAAAAUUCCUACCGGUCAUAGGUUGGUCAAUGUGGUUUUCUGAGUAUCUGUUUUUGGAUCGAAGCUGGGCUAAGGAUAAAAGCACGUUAAAGGCAGGUCUUCAAUGUUUAAAGGACUUCCCACAACCAUUUUGGUUGGCACUUUUUGUAGAAGGAACACGCUUUACACAAGCAAAGCUUCUAGCAGCUCAAGAAUAUGCAACCUCACAAGGAUUGCCUGUACCUAGAAAUGUUUUAAUUCCUAGUACAAAGGGCUUUGUUUCAGCUGUAAGUCAUAUGCGUUCAUUUGUUCCAGCUGUUUAUGAUAUGACAGUGGCAAUUCCUAAAAGCUCACCCUCACCUACAAUGCUUAGACUUUUCAAGGGUCAAUCUUCAGUGGUGCAUGUACACGUCAAGUGGCAUCUUAUGAAGGAACUGCCUAAAACGGACGAGGCAGUUGCACAAUGGUGUAAAGAUCUGUUCGUGGAGAAAGAUAAGCUGUUGGACAAACAUGUAGCUGAGGACACAUUUAGUGACCAACCGUUACAGGAUAUUGUUCAGCCGAUUAAACCGCUUUUGCGUUUGUAGUAGUUGCUUCUGGAACUAAAUAUGAUAAUCAUCUUCUUGUUUUUGGAUCACGUUGUUUCUUCUUGGGCGUGUCUCCUGGCUUAUGGAGCUCUCAAGUUUCUGCAAUGGUCUUCACUUUUAUCCUCAUGGAAAGGGAUUGCAGUGUCAGCAGUUGGCUUAGCCAUUGUUACCAUUCUCAUGCAAAUCAUGAUUCUCUUCUCUCAGUCUGAGCGUUCAACUCUCACCAAGGUUUCACCUGGGAAGCCCAAGGACAAUGGCGAGAGUUCAGAGACAAGACGAGAUAAACAACAGUAGGUUGAGCUUUUCCUUGCAAGAUAUCAUCCGAUGGGAAGUACAUAUGUUUUCAUAAACCUAAAAUGUGUACUGUCUUUACUUUCACUUAGCAACCAAUAUGCUUUCGUUUUAGAUGGACUUUCAAGCAUGUCUUUUGGUCAUCAGAAGGAUUCAAAUGAAACAAGCUUGUAUGCAUAUUAUCAGUUCUUUGUUUUUCUGGGAAGUGAGGGUUUGCUUGCAAAGGCAGUGCUCUUAAAAUGGCUACAUUUAGGGCUUAACCCAGUCU